CGCGGAGCCAAUCAGAGCCAGCGCGUCGCGGACUGUCAACACGUCCAGGAGCGAUGGCCCCCUAGUGCUUUAUCAUCCACAAAUACGCUUUAUUAUACACUUAGAAUUUACAUUGAAGAGCUCGAACGGAUAUUAUUGCGAAUAGUAUACCCCGGGGACAGUGUGGGUAGGUUCUCGGACCAAUCAUCAGAUGUGGACCACAGCAUCGAGAAGAGGGCAACAGACACGUAUCGCAUCGUUAGAUAUUCUCCGGAUGAGUUUUUGAAACUAUAGGUUUCACAGUCGACCGGAUCCAUGUCUUUUCUUCGUUGGGUAACAGAAAAGUUGAGUGUGGAGAGCCUGAGGGAUUUGGAGUUAUUUGGAGAGCAAGCUCAGGGAUACUCCCUCAGGAAAGCCCAUGAGGACAGCAGAGGCAGUCUGACCUCGCUCGCCCGCUGGGACACCAUGGCCAGCUUCCAGCCCGACAGCUCCGCCUACGAGCUGCUGACCGUCAUCGGUCAGGGCCUGGAGGACCUGAUGACAGUGAACCUGGCCCGCUACAAGCCCACCGGGGAACACGUGGCCAUCCGCCGCAUCGCCCUGGAGUCCUGCACCAAUGAGAUGGUGGCCUUCCUGCAGGGGGAGCUGCUGGUGUCCAAGCUGUUCCACCACCCCAGUAUUCUUCCCUACAGGAGCAUCUUCAUAGCACAAAAUGAGCUGUGGAUUAUCAACCCCUUCAUGGCCUAUGGCUCCGCCCGAGACCUGAUCAGCUCCCACUUCAUGGACGGUAUGAGCGAGCUGGCCAUCGCCUACAUCCUGCUGGGCAUGCUCAAGGCGCUGGAGUACAUCCACCACAUGGGCUACGUGCACCGGAGUGUGAAGGCGAGCCACGUGCUGAUCGCGGCCGACGGCCAGGUGUGCAUGUCGGGCCUGAGGAGCAUCUUCAGCCUGAUCCGCCACGGCCAGCGGGCCAAGGUGGUCCACGACUUCCCCCCCUACAGCGUCAAGGUCCUGCCCUGGCUCAGCCCCGAGGUGCUGCAGCAGAACCUGCAGGGCUACGACUUCCGCUCGGACAUCUACAGCCUGGGCAUCACGGCCUGUGAGCUGGCCAACGGACACGUGCCCUUCAAAGACAUGCCCGCCACCCAGAUGCUGCUGGAGAAGCUGAACGGCACGGUGCCCUGCCUGCUGGACUCCACCACCAUCCCCCCCGAGGAGCUCUCCAUGAAGCCCUCGCGCUCCGGGGCCGACUCGGGCAUCUGCGAGGGCCCCGGGGCCCCCGGGGCCGGCGGGGCCCGCCACUCCAACGGGGACCCCUCGACGGCCUCCUCGGCGGGGGGGCACCCCUACAGCCGCACCCUGUCGCCGCAGUUCCACGCCUUCGUGGAGCUCUGCCUGCAGAGGGAGCCCGAGAAGAGACCGUCGGCCACCACGCUCAUCGGCCAUCCCUUCUUCAAACAGAUCAAGAGGCGUCCGUCGGAGGCGCUGCCCGAGCUCUUCCGGCCCCUGACCCCCAUCACCUCCUUCGACGGCCCCCAGGCCCAGGGCUCCACGGCGGGGCUGUCCAGCCUGGAGUCGGGCCUCAGCCACCUGGAGGUGGACGACUGGGACUUCUGACCGGCGCCGACGCAGACGCAUGGACGACGGCCCGGGGAGUGAGUGGAGGCGCCGGCGGCUCCCGGACCGGCCUCACUUUCAACCAGUCCUCGGGUUGAAACUAGUUUUUUUCUGAUGUACAUAAUUCCACAGUGAACUGACCAGGGAAGACCUCCGCCACAUUGGGGGGGGGGGUCUCCGAUGUAUUUCUGCUCUACCGUUGGGUGUGCGGAGCGACACCCUUGGGGUCCGUGUAGUGCCCGCUCCUAACCGAGCGCUCCUUGUUUGAUAGCGGAUGCUUUAAGUGUUAACCGGCGGCUUGGAGUCUUAGUUUGGAGAUGCUCACGACGAACAGAGUCGUCAGACGACUGGUCAGAAGGUGGAUGCUACCUCUCAUUGGCUAAUCGCUUUCUGCACUUAUAGACUCUGCGGUGUGUGUGUGUGGGCGAGACACUCCUGGUUUUAGCGUCUGCCUUGCAAAGGCUCACUACUCGUUUACAGCGGAGCUCCGGUUCGUUCUCCAGUAUUUUCCUCUCCCCCUUCGGAUCCACGGCGGGGGACCCGUCUGUUACAACGCAGCCCGUCCCUCUAGCGGCCGGCUCAGGAGGCCUGAGGAUGUAUGAUGAGGGACGGGGUGCAUUUCAUGAAUGCCGUGUCGCAUACGUCAAACGUGAAUGUCACUAUGGUGCUCGUUUUUUUGUUUUUCUGGUUCGCAUGUACACUUCAGCAGCAGCAGAAGAAGAAGAAAAA